CAAAAAAUUGCGUUCAUCAAACAAAAACAUCAGCUCCGCCAGGAAAUCGUAAAUCUUUUCGUCGUCAAACUUUCACUCCAUGGUUCCGGCGUAAUUCCCCAAAGAUGGACAUUCCGGCCCACUCGUGCCGGCUGUGUCUGGCGGCUAACGUACCCACCCUACCGAUCUACCAGCAGCUCAGCCUGGCGGAAAUCACCGAACUGCUGCAGGAUGCCCUCGGCAUUCAGAUUGCCGACUCGGAAGAGUUUACGAACAUUUGCAACAACUGUGAAAUGAAGACGAAAUGGAUUCAAAGCAUUUGGGCCGAGUUCCGGCAGUCGGACAAGGUGUUCCGGACGUUUCUGGACCAACGUCGUGCCUCCCAGGGCCAUCCGCUGAUCGAGGAAUCUAAGGACACCAUAAACAUAGUUUCGGUGAUGCCACUGGAACCGGUCGUAACGGCAGAACAGAAACCACAAGCCAUCGGAAUGGUGCUGCUCGAAGAGGGGCAUGGACAGGAGGACAAGUAUUACAGCAGCGACGACGAAGACGAGGACGACGACCACGAUCCGGACGUUUCGUUUCCCGAUAAGGACGAGGCCCAGGACAGCUCCAGCGAAGAAGAAGAGAAACCCUCCACUUCGAAACUGUUGUCAUGCUAUAUUUGUAAGGGAUUUACUGGGUCGGAUCGUUCGCUGGCGAUCCACCUGAAGGAGCAGCACGGAACGCUUUCGCCGUACUAUUGCGACCGGUGUCUGAUUGGUUUGGAAGAUAUGGUUGCCAUAAAUCAUCACUAUCAAACGCACGAGUUCCCGUUUGGUUGCUUAUUCUGCGAGCAAAUGUUCGUAACGCAGACGGAACUCGAGGAACACACCAGAAUCUGCACCGGAUACGGUUGUGCGCAUUGUUCAACUCAGUUCCAGUUUCUUCACCAGCUGAAGGAGCACAAAUGUGGCGCAAGCAAAUCCGUUCGAAUGCGAGCCGUUUCCAACAUGAUCGAGUGUCGUCGCAGCCAAAUUCGCUUUAUUCCACAAGUCUGUGGGAUGUGCAACGAAGACAUGGGCAAAAAUCACCGACUCGCGCAACACUUUGAACGUGAGCACGUCAACUUCCCCCUCCAACUUUACCCCUGUGAUCUCUGCCCGCAGAAAUUCACCCUCCUCAUGGCGGCACGACUGCAUCGCUUCACCCACAAAAAGGACGCGCCUCCAAAGCAACGCAAAAUCCCCGUCGUAGAACGCAACGACUGUAUGGUUUGCUUGCAGUCGUUCAAAUUCAACAAGGAACUGAUUGCCCACAUGGAAGCGGAACACGCCGACGCCGCACCCGAUUUCCACCAGUGUCUCAAGUGCGACAAAAAGUUCACCUCGGAAUCUAAGCUCCAGAAGCACGAUUACAAUACCCACCAGGGCAAGCAGCCGCAGUUCUUCUGCUCAUUUUGCGGCCGAGUGUUCAACAAAAAGCUCGGACUACGCGACCACGAGAACCUCCACCGGGGCAUCCGGGAGUACAACUGCCAGGAGUGCAACAAGGACUUUACCUACAAGAGCACGUACGAUCGCCACAUGCAGGUGGUUCAUAGUGAUGCCAAGCAGUUCACCUGCGAAUACUGCCAUAAAAGCUUCAAGCGUAAACCAACGCUCAAGGUGCAUCUUCGACUUCAUACUGGCGAAAAGCCAUACCAGUGCGAGUAUUGCAGCCGGUGCUUCGUCGAUCCGAGUUCGUUCCACAAGCACAAGUCGAAAGAACACGGCUGGAAGUCGGGCUACUAGCAAAAGGUCAAUCUCAGUCAGCGUCACCUUAUUCGAACGAGCAAGUAAGUACAAGAAGCUGUUGCCCUAUCUGUCGUAAUCUUAAUGCCAAACAACAUCAAAGUUAUGAGCGUAAAUUCAACACAAAAGCAGAGCUUAACUACAAUGAUCAGUCCAAAAGUUUGUUUCUGAGGAUG